CCCAAGUCCAAUAUUACCAAAUCAUAUCUUUAAAUACCUUGAAUCCCAUAAAGAUUAAAGAAACCAAGAAAACAUGUUCUUUCAACUGAUCAUUCUACUCUCAUCUUUCCUCCUCGGAGCUCUCUCACUACACCAAAGCUCCGAACUCCAAGCCUUGAAAGCCUUCAAGAACUCGAUCACCGAUGACCCGACGAGUGCCCUCGUUGACUGGGAUGAGACCGCCCUCCACUAUUGCAACUGGACCGGAGUGGCGUGCAACCCCUCCACGGGCAAUGUCGUCUCCAUCUCCAUGGUGGACAAGCAGUUGCAAGGCCGGAUCUCCCCGUCUCUCGGGAAUCUCUCGAGUCUUGAGGUACUUGAUUUAACCCUAAACUUGUUCACCGGCCCCAUCCCCGCCCAACUAGCCUCGUGCGCGAACCUCACUCAGCUAAUCCUCUACCAUAACUCUGUCUCGGGCCCCAUCCCAUCGGAGCUUGGAGGCUUAAGAAACCUGCAGCUGCUGGACCUCGGGAAUAAUGCCCUCAACGGGAGCAUCCCCGAUGCCCUAUGCAACUGCAGUGAGCUACUAGCACUAGGCCUAAACACCAACAACCUCACAGGAAAAAUCCCACCACAAAUUGGCAACCUUGUUAACUUAGAAACGUUUCUAGCUUAUAAAAACAAGUUAGAGGGCUCAAUACCUAAUUCCAUAGGAGAAUUGACACAAAUGCAAGUUUUUGACCUCAGUGAAAACAUCCUAACCGGCAAAAUCCCUCGAGAAAUAGGAUCUAUGCUCAAUUUACAAAUUCUCCAACUCCAUAUAAACCUCUUCUCCGACGAGAUCCCACCCCAACUCGGCCAAUGCACGAAGCUCGCCAUCCUCAACCUCUACACGAACAACCUCACCGGCCCCAUCCCACCCGAGCUCGGGCGCCUAGCCCUCCUACAAGUCCUCCGCCUAUACGAAAACAAGCUGAGAUCGACAAUUCCGAUCACAUUAUACCAACUAAAGUCACUCAUCCACUUAGGCCUCUCCCAAAAUGAGCUCUCUGGCCCGAUUUCACCGGAGAUCGCCUCCCUAGCAUCCCUAGAGACGCUGACGCUCCACUCCAACAACUUGAGCGGUGUAGUCCCUCCCAACAUAACCCGUCUGAGCAACCUGUCCUACAUCUCCCUUGGCUUCAACUCGCUAACGGGGCCCAUCCCCCGUGAGAUCGGGUUGCUCCACAACCUUAUGAACCUCACGGCCAAUAACAACGGUCUAGAGGGCCCGAUCCCCGCCUCCAUCACCAACUGUACCCGCCUCCUCACCAUCUCAUUGGCCAAAAACCAGAUCACGGGGCGGGUUCCACUUGGGCUUGGGCGCCUAACUAACUUGACCUUCCUCUCCUUGAGCUCCAAUGCCCUCACCGGAGACAUCCCCAGCGACCUCUUCAACUGCUCGAAGCUGGAGGUGCUUGAUUGGAGCCGAAACGCCUUCAAUACGACGAUCAGUCCCCGGAUCGGAUCGCUCUCAAGGCUCCAUACAUUCAGAGCAAUCGAUUCGGGAAUUUUCGGCCCAAUCCCAAGAGAGAUUGGCAAUUUAAGCUCACUCAUUUACUUAGACCUUCCAAGAAACAGAAUCUCUGGCCUAAUCCCAACAGAACUUUCUAGACUCUCAUUUCUUCAAGGCCUCGCAUUGAAUGAAAACCAACUCCAAGGAAUAAUCCCCCAAGAAAUCUCUCUCCUCAAACACCUCACUGAUCUCCAACUGCAGAGAAAUCAACUCAUAGGCUCAAUCCCACCUUCUCUCUCCAAAAUCAACUAUCUAUCCAACUUAGACCUCAGUGGCAACAACCUCAAUGGCACCAUCCACCCGAGCCUCGGCCUGCUGAUCCGUCUGACGAAUCUUGACUUGUCAGACAACCGUCUCACGGGCCCAAUCCCGGGCCCGGUCAUUGCCGGAAUCAAGAAUCUACAACUCAACCUCAACCUCUCACACAACUCCCUGACAGGAGCAAUCCCAGAUGAGAUAGGCCUCCUGCAAAUGGUCCAAUCCAUCGACAUCUCCAACAACGCACUCUCAAACGCCAUCCCUCGCUCGAUCAAAGGCUGCCAGAACUUGAUCACACUUGACCUCUCAAGCAACAACCUCUCCGGCCAAAUUGCAGACGACGCAAUGCUCCCUCAGCUAGAGAGGCUAAACCUCUCAAGAAACCAGUUACAAGGCAAUCUACCUCAAAAUCUUGGGAGUUUAAAGCAUCUCUCAUCACUUGAUCUCUCACAUAACAAGCUCACAGGGGAAAUCCCACAAUCAUAUUCCAAUAUCUCAACCUUGAAACACCUCGAUCUCUCCUUCAAUCUACUCGAAGGCCGCGUUCCCAACCUCACAAGCAUAGCCAAUCUGGAAGGGAAUCCAUCUCUCUGCGGGACAACUCCUCUUCCACAAUGUACAAACAAGAAAAGCAAGAAAAAGAAGAAACAGAGAGUGGUAAUGAUAGCUCUGGCCUCAGCCUCGGCCUUUGCAACACUCAUCCUUCUCCUCUCAACGCUCUACGCCUUGAAAAGGAAGACGAAGAAACAGUCUCUCCCUCCCAAACCCUCCAUCGCUUCAGCAGUGAGUCUCAAGAGAUUCGAAGCGAAAGAGCUGGAAAUAGCUACAGAUUCGUUCAGCAGCGAAAACAUGAUCGGAUCGACUCAUUUGAGCAGCGUCUACAAAGGCAGAUUACAAGAUGGGAAGGUAAUAGCAGUGAAAAGGCUGAAUUUGGAGCAAUUUGCAGAGGAAUCCGACAAAUGCUUCUACAGAGAAGCAAACAUAUUAGGCCAACUACGGCACAAGAACCUUGUGAAGGUUCUUGGGUACGCGUGGGAGAGUGGCAAGAUGAAGGCGUUAGUGCUCGAGUUCAUGGAGAAUGGGAGCUUGGAGGAGAUGAUUCACGGCAAUCAUCAACGUGCUUGGAGCUUAGGCGAGCGCGUGGAGGCGUUGGUAUCUGUAUGCGAGGGAUUGGUGUAUUUGCAUUCAGGGUAUGAUUUCCCAAUCGUGCAUUGUGACUUGAAGCCUUCGAAUGUGCUUCUCGAUGGAGGGAUGAGGGCUCGUGUCAGCGAUUUUGGCACGGCUAGGAUGCUCGGGGAGGGGGCCCACCUCUCAGCUUCCUUUUCCUUUCAAGGCACCAUUGGCUACUUGGCUCCAGAGGUGGCAUACAUGAGGAAUGUUACGACGAAAGUAGAUGUUUUCAGCUACGGGAUUAUGAUGAUGGAGAUGAUCACCAACAAGAGGCCAACAGGCCUCAUGUUACAAGAGGAUGGAUCAGGAUCAGCAAUCACACUAUCAGAGCUAGUUCAUCAAGCACUUGAGCUCGGAAUCAACGGCUUAGAUCAGAUCACGCAUCCUCAGCUCACGGACAAGAAUCACGAGGCGUUGGAAGCACUCCUCCGUCUCGCCCUCUCCUGCACUGCCCCGGACCCCCAAAAUCGGCCUAAUAUGGAUCAAGUGCUGGCUUCACUCUCUAAGAUUCGUGUCAUGGCUUAGCUACAAGGCUGGCAGAUUUUUGUUGGAUCAUGUUUUUUAGCAUAGCACAUGCUUAUGUACGUAAGAGAAGGUGUUAAUUGUUAAACAUAUUCAAUUUCAUAGUA